CGUCAGUACUUGCAUCAAUCUAGUCUGAGAGCAACUUUUAGGACUGAGGAACUACCGCUGUUGGACUCGUUUGGGAAAACUUGCUUUUGCUUGUUGUAAGCCUAAACCCCUUUUUUUUUGUGGAAAUACAAGCUCGCCGCUCCAAACCGCCUGAAAAGAUGCUGCUCCUACUCCUGGGAAUCGUCCUCCUGCACAUUGCUGGCCUGGUCCUCCUGUUUGUGUCAACAAUUGUCAGCGUAUGGACAUCAGGUGAAACUAGCACCUCAGACCUCUGGCAAAACUGCUCUACUAUCAGUGUGGGAUCCCACUGUGAUCCAGGAUCAGCUGGAGAAUGGAUUCAGGCAGUCCAGGCUCUCAUGAUCUUGUCCAUCAUCUUCAGCUGCAUUUCUCUCCUGCUCUUCUUCUGCCAGCUCUUCACUUUGCAGAAGGGCGGACGCUUCUUCCUCACUGGAACCUUCCAGAUCCUUGCCAGUUUGUUCGUGAUGAGCGGAGCCAUCAUCUACACGGUGAUGAGUCCGCAGUGGGUGCCGGAUACGGAGGCCUUCGGGUACUCCUACAUCCUGGCGUGGGUGGCCUUCCCAUUGGCUCUGAUCAGCGGACUCAUCUAUGUCAUCUUAAGGAAGCGAGAAUGAGCCAUCACUCCAUCCCAGUGUUUCCCAGUAACCCUCUACCAAACUGCAAGUGUCAUCAGUUCCACUCUGAAGUUAAAGAUUUGAUGCCUGAGUACCAAUGGCCCCUGAAGCCACCAGGCCAAUUCACCCCAAUCACAGCGAGUUGGGGUAAUAGCAAAAAUCAACAAGCAAACCAACACAAAAACAACCAAUACUGUCUCAGUUAAAAGAUGUAUAUAGUAUCUAUGGUUUAAAACCUAUUUAUAACACUUUUUACAUAUAUGUACAUAGUUGUGUUGCUCUGUCAAAGGAUAUGUGUAAGAGCUUUGUUUUAGCUGAUUAAGUGCCUCAGUGUUUGUUUGUAAUGAUGAAAUAAUUAGAUGCUAUUUUGUCAGGUUUUCCUUUCUAUUUUGUUGCCUUUUUUGUAACUGCCAAAGAAUUAGUAAAAAAAGCAAAAAAAGUAUAUUAACCAAAGUGCAUGUAUAGAAAUAGAAGGGUUAGAGGGUUUGUUAUGGGCUUGCUCUGCAAAGAAAGAGUGGUAACAUCCGGUAAUGUAGCAUAGCCAGGAAGUAUAGAUUGGAUCCUUUUUCUAUUUUGUGACAUUUCAAGUUUCAGUGUUUUUAUUUUCAGUAUUUUUUUAAUUUCUUAUUUUCAACAAAAGAUGGUGCUAUGUAUUUAUCAUUCCUAUUAAUGAUAGCAUUUACAACAGAGUUACUUUGUAAUUGUUUAGAGUCAAACAGCCAUUCAUUAAAGUGAGAAUCAGACAGAGGUACACCUGUACUGUACAUACAGUGCCCGACUGCUUCUUUAGGGAACACAGUCUAUUCACACAGCAGUGUCUGACCAUUUCAUUAUUCUUCAUCUAUAACUGUACUUAAAAUACAUUUGAGGUGGUGCACUGAAGAAAUGAAAAGUGUAAUGUCAGUAUUAUUCUGUAAGUUUGUAAAGUUAGACAACAAUACUUCUUAUUAGCUUUAUUUUACCUUUGUUUGCCUUAAUUGUCAUUCUGAUGUCCAUGUUCACCUGGGUGAUAAAGUCUCCAGAUGAAGAAGCCAAAUUGCCUAUUAAGUAGAGUACCAUAAACAAAUAACACUGUGGGGCAUUAUAGCCUUAAAGUCUACAUUUAACAUUAUUAGAAUUAAGUGCCACUGAGUUAAAGCCAUAUGAGAUGAUAGGAAAACAUAUUUAGUAUUAACUCAACAUGUGAGGUAAAGGACAGAGAGGGUUUGCAGUGAUGAUUCAAAUGUCUGUUUCACAUACUUGAAGUUUGGCACGCUGCACUCCUGCCCACACGAUGAUCUACUGAAUAAAACGCUGUUCAUGUGUUGUGCAUAACAGAUAGGGAUUACAAUAUAGCCUAAAAACACUCACUUACUCAAUAAAACUACUCUCACAUGAUCUAAUACUGUGUAUUGAACUGUUACAAGGGACUGGUUUCACGCUAACCAUAAUGCAUGCAGAAUUUAAUUGUUUAGGCUGUUGUGCUGUCAAACUGUAAAAUCCAAAACACACAUCUCUGGGCUAAAAAAGCAUGGUAUAAGAAAACUGCCAGUUAAUAGGAAUAUACAUCAAAUUCUGAUCCAACUGUGGUUUAUGAAUUUGUUUUGCAUGUAAAUAUCUGAUGGAUGAAAGAUGUUGAAAUGCAGUGUGCAGCAUGUAAAUUCCUGUGUACUUUCUAACCAAGCAAGUCCACCUUACAGUAUGCCAUCAUACUACGGGAGAUCAAAUAAGCUGCCUGGUUGCAAAUGCUGUACGUGACUUGUGUUACACACAGUGGUGCAGAGGCAUGGCCGUUGGCACCCGAUGCCAGUUAUGUAAAACAUGCAGCUAGUGUUUCAGACUCUCAUGGCAUCAGAAAUAAGACGACUUUGACGUGUUUCGAAUACGUAAGCAGGGGUCUGUCCUCCACUUGACAUCUUCUUGUACCAUACUGUAAGCCUUGAAUUCAGAGCUUACACUAGCUAGUCUGCUGUGGUUGUAUGUUCAUUAUUUGGUUCAGUUAGAAGAGAAUGUCUCUAAUGACAACUGCCCUUUUUAUUUUCUGUAAAAGCAACCGUUCAAUUGUCUAUGCCAUGUUUACACCUAAACUUCCAAAUGCUCUUCAUGUUACCAAAGCUAAUUUGACUGAACUCAUUAAAGGAUGUUUCUCACAACCACGA